GGGUUAAGAAAGGGGACCUAGAAGUGAAAACUCCUCUUGAUUUUCCUGCUAUUUUCCUCUUAGAACUACUCCCUAAACCCAUUCUAUGGGCCCAGCCAGGCCCAGUGGUGGCUCCAGGAACCAACAUCACUCUCUGGUGCUCAAGACCCAAGGUGUCUUCUGUUAAAAAACGGACAUUCACUCUGUGGAAGAAUAAAACUCAGCUGCCCUUACAAAAGCAGCUCUCAGCAGAGUCCCAGACUGGUUUCUUCCUCUCUUCCGUGAGCCCAGAGGAUACUGGGAGCUAUAAGUGUACUUAUAUGGAAAAGAGUGGCUUUACUAGAGGCUCAAAGAUGAGCGAUGCCCUGGAGUUGGUGGUUCCAGAUUCCUUCCCCAAGGCUUCCCUCUCAGUCCAGCCUAGCCCAGAGGUGGCCUCAGGAAUCAACGUCACCCUCCUGUGUCAUGGGCCCUCUUGGAGUACUGGGUUUCUUUUGUACAAGGAGGGAGAUGACAAAAUCCUUCAAGGCACAGAUAUUAUUCAAGAUGGAGCCCAGUUCUUCUUGACUCAUGUGACCCCCAAGCACUCUGGCAUUUACACAUGCAGCUACCAGCCCAGCACCAAAGGCAGUCUCUGGACACAGCACAGUGACCCUCUGGAGCUAACUGUAAGAGUGCCCAAAAACACCCUCAUCAUCACCCUCAGCUUUAUCUCCAUCCUCCUCUGUGUUGUCCUGUUGACAUUCCUCUGCCAUCCAUCCAGCCCUAUGGGAGCCUUUCUGGGAGACAGCCCUAGGAGGUGCCUCUGCUGUCCUUGUCUUCCCCAGACAGUCCCCCUGUCUCAUCACCUUGAUGCCUCCAGAGAGGAAACUCUAUAUGCAGAAGUGGCCAAUGAGAGACCAAGGGAAAGAAUGGUCACCAAGCCUGAAGAUCCCCAAGGAGUGACUUAUGCUCAACUGAAUAUAAGAACCCUGAAAAAGAAGCAAAUACACUCCGAGGAGCAACCUGUAGAUUCCAUAGUCUAUACCACCAUGUCCUUCCACUGA